UAAACGAGCUUGAGAAAAAUGUCUCCGCUGUCAAAGUCGCUGAGGUUAUCUCAGCGUGUUGUUGCUACAUGUGUACGACAACACUCUUCUCUGACAAAUGACUUGAUUGAAAACAUGGAUAAGAAAGCAACCUGGGACCGCUUCUACACCGAGAACAGCAGCAAGGCGACCUCCUUCAAAAACUUUGAGUGGUUCUUUGGUUUUGACGCCGUCAAAGACUUCAUCAUGCCUCUCCUGCUGAACAAGUCCGACCCACAUGCUCUCCUCCAGGUCCUGGAUAUGGGCUGUGGCACCUCUGCUCUCGGGCCUUGUAUUUACAAACACUCUCCUGUCCCAGUGCAGGUCACUUGUGCUGACAUUUCCCCCAUAGCUGUACGACUCAUGCAGGAACACGUCCGAUCCAAAGCAAUUGAGCCUCACAACCUGUCCUCUCAGCUUGAGUUUAUAGAGCUGGACUGCACACAGCUCCACAAACACUUUGGCUCUGGCAGUGUGGACCUUAUAGUGGACAAGGGCACCACAGACGCCCUGUUGAGGUCUAAAGAAGGGAAAGGAAAGGCGGGUUUGGUGCUGAAGGAGUGUUUAAAGGUGCUGCGGGGCUCGGGGUCACUGCUCCAGUUCUCUGAUGAGGACCCUGAUGCCCGGCUGCUGUGGCUGGAGGCUGCAGCGCUGGAGCAGGGGGUGAAGGCAGCAGAAGUUGGGGUGCAGGAGGUGGGGGAGUUAAGGGGAGUGUGCUACUACUGCUACCAAGUGACACCUCACCAUGCUGUAUAGCAGGGACGUUCUGCCUCUUGAUUGUUAUAAUAUCAGAUUAAUAAAACAUUCAGCAGAACUGCAGAAAAAUCUCUGAUGAUAUUAUUUACUUAAUUAUUUUUUGAAAUACAACCCCAAUUCCAAAAAAGUU